CUGCCCUCUCCCCAGCGGCUCCGAGAGUGGUACGCUCGGCGCUGCAGUCUCCGGAGUGGCGCUGCUGGUGCUUUGGACCCUGGAGUUGGAGCUGCUGCUGGUGCCGCGGACCCUGGAGUUGGAGCUGCUGCUGGAGCUACUGGUGGUGCUGCUGGAGGUGCUGCUGGUGCUGGAGCUGCUGGAGACGCUGCUGGUGCUGGAGGUGCUGGAGGUGCUGGUGCUGCUGGCGCAGGAGCUGCUGGUGGUGCUGGUGGAGUUGCUGCUGGAGCUGCUGGAGGUGCUGCUGGUGCUGGAGCUACUGGAGGUACUGCUGGUGCUGGAGCUGCUGGAGCCGCUGGUUCUGGAGGUGCUCGUGCUGGAGGUCCUGGAGCUGCUGGGGUUGCUGGUGGUGCUGCGGGAGUUGUAGCUGGAGACCCUGGGGCUGAGUGUACUGGUGCUGUCUCUGCUGGUUCAGGAGGUGCUGAGCGGCCGCGGCCGUACUACGUUCCGCUCCUUCAGCAGGUUCUUGGCCUCCCGCCCUCUCCUGGUCCUACUCCUCCCCUACUGAGUCCACCGCCUGUCCAGUCGCAGUCACAGUUACAGCCAGCCUCUCCACUGCCUGGUCCUUCUCCUUACGCUGAGCCGACGGGAGGUUUUACGGAGCGUCGUGAGCCUGAGUCUCGUCCUUCGUCGCCUGAGUCUCGUCCAGAGUCGUCUGAGUCGCGUCCAGAGUCGCCUGUCCGCGCUGUCCGCGCUGGUCGUCGUGCUCCGCGUCAGCGUCCUCCUCCUGUCCUUGGCACUCACUAUAUGACCCUGCGUCCUUCCACUGCUCCACAGCGUGUCCCUCUGCCAUCUCCUCCAGCGUCCUCUCUUCCUGCUCUUGCUGACCCGGAGUCUGACUCUCUUCGUGCUGCCAGUCCUACUGUCACGCGUCUCCUCGCCACUGUUGUCACUGACCCUUGGAGACCCGGAUGCACCAGACAUCCCGACCCCACGCUCUUACGCAGAGGCGAUGGAGGGUCCCUACUCCUCUCAGUGGCAGACAGCCAUGGACGCAGAGAUGGCUUCCUGAAGUCCACAGGCACCUACGUAGACGAGGUUCCCCCACCUGGGGCGAACAUCGUCAGUGGCAUGUGGAUUUUCAGAGUAAAGCGGCCGCCGGGUUCUCCGCCUGUCUUCAAGGCGCGUUACGUUGCACGAGGCUUCAGUCAGCGAGAGGGAGUUGACUUCUUCCAGACCUUCUCCCCGACCCCGAAGAUGACCACUCUUCGGGUUCUGCUGCACGUCGCCGCUCAGCGUGACUACGAGCUCCACUCUCUUGACUUCAGCACUGCGUUCCUACAGGGCAGCCUGCACGAGGAGAUCUGGCUGCGCCGCCCACCUGGCUUCACUGGGUCGUUCCCUCCUGGUACCCAGUGGAGCCUCCGGCGGCCAGUCUACGGUCUCCGCCAGGCACCCCGUGAGUGGCACGACACACUGAGGACUACUCUUGCUGCUCUUGGGUUUGCUCCUUCUACUGCUGACCCGUCACUGUUUCUACGCACCGACACCACUCUGCCGCCGUUCUACGUUCUCGUGUAG